AUUUAGAGAAGGGAAGUUUAAAGUAAUAGAAAAUAAUAUUAUUUUCGUGUAAUGAUUAACAUUCGCAAUUGAAAUCAAUUAAUUUAUUGAGUGCAAUUGACUUAAUGAUCAAAAAACUAUUUGCUGUAAAAAAUAAAUUACAGAAAUAUUAAAUUGAGCUAAUUUUCUAUGUGACAGAAUUAGCAAAAAAAAACAUAAUAUUUAUUACAAUAGAAUAAAGUGUGAUUGUAAGACAAAAAUGAAGAAAUAUAUGAAUCCAAGACUUUGGAUUGGUCUACGGCCAGUAAAAGCAACAUUAGACUCUGCAAAACUUGUUUUCUUUUAUGGAAAAUCAUUUAACGAUCAACGGAAUUUCCCAAUUUCAAAAGCUGUUGACAUUCUAGAACAGGAUGAAUUUGACAAUGGAAAGCCAACUGUUAUUUAUGUCCAUGGAUAUAUUGAACAUAUGGAAAUGGAAAGCGUUAAAGUUGUCUGUGAAGCUUACUUAAAACGAGGAGAUCAUAAUAUAAUAUUUGUCGAUUGGGCAGACUUAGCUGAUGGAAAUUAUCUUCUUGAUGCUGUCCCAAAUGCAGUUAAACUCUCAAACAUUCUUGCUGAUGCAAUGUUAGAACUCAUAAACAAUGGAAUUGCUAUAAAUAAAUUACACAUUGUUGGACAUUCCUUAGGUGGACAAAUUGCUGGAAUGAUGGCUAGAAAAGUCAAAGAAAAAUCCAGUAACACACUUAAACUUAGAAGAAUAACUGCUUUAGAUCCUGCAUUUCCACCAUUCUAUCCAGGUUGGGUUUACAAGCCUUUAGGAAAACGAGACGCCGUCUUGGUUGAUGUUAUUCAUACAGACGCCUGGCUUUACGGUGCUCCAGUCUCAACAGGAACAGUAGACUUUUGGCCAAAUGGAGGAAAAACCCUUCAACCUGGCUGUCCAAAAAGAAAUUAUAAAAUGCUCACAGACAAUGAUUUAUGUUCGCACAGACGAAGUUGGUGGUUUUGGGCCGAAUCAGUUGCAUCCGUAGACACUCAAAAAUUCCCAGCAAUCAAAUGUAAGUCAUGGGAUCAUUUUAAAGAUGGUAAAUGUGAUGAGGACGCACCAGUUGCAUAUAUGGGUAUUGACUGUCCAUUGAAUGUAAGCGGUGACUAUUUCCUCCAAACAAAUGGUGAUGAGCCGUAUUGUAAAGGCUCAGCUGGAACAAAAUAUGCACCUAAAGUUAAGACAUAAUUGAAGUGCUUUGUUAUUUAUUUUGAUUAAAGAAAAAAAAAAAUGAAAACACCAAAACAUUCUUUUCGUGUGAUGAAACUUUUAAAUAAUUGAAAGAAUUGAAUAGAAAAGUAUAAAAUGUUUAAAAAAAGAAAAAGCAAUUUAAAAUAGUUUAAG